AAUAGAGAGAAAGUCACCAGUCACGACGGCGUUAUAGGAUCACUUUCACCGAGUUUUUAAUUUUCAUCAUCCCGGCGACGAGACUGUGACUCCAAACCCUAAAAAAUCAAAAUUGCAUUUUUUUUCGAUUUUGAUUUUGUGGGGAUUUUGGAAUUUUCCCCGCACUAAGUCCUCUCGUUAACCCCACUAAUAGUUUCUCUCUCUCUCUACGCACAGUGCAUUCUGUCGCCUUCAAUCGCGACUUUUUGUCACACUUGCCUCUUUUCUCCGAUUUUUCUAUAAAUUUAGGGUUUUGUUUGCUUUCGCCGACAUGAAUCAGCAACACCCAGAAGAAGUUUCUUUGGGUGGAGGAAACAUUGAAGCUCCAGCUACAGUGGAGGAGGAAAAAGAGCAAGUACAGCAUAAGCAGGAAGAGACUGAGUCUACGGAUCCAAUUGUCGUCGUCGCCGAGGAGAAAUCAGCAGACGGAGAGAAAGAAGACGAUAAUACUAGUACUAGUAACAUGGAGAUUGAUCCUGUGAGUCCGGCUACAGUUUUCUGUGUUAAGCUUAAGCAGCCCAAUUCCGAUUUGCUUCAUAAGAUGAGUGUUCCUGAAUUGUGCCGUAACUUCAGUGCUGUUGCGUGGUGUGGUAAAUUGAAUGCUAUUGCUUGUGCUUCUGAGACCUGUGCCAGGAUUCCAAGCUCCAAGGCAAAUACACCUUUUUGGAUACCAAUACAUAUCUUGAUACCUGAGCGCCCAACUGAGUGUGCGGUGUUUAAUGUUGUGGCAGACUCUCCUCGUGAUUCUGUCCAAUUUAUCGAAUGGUCUCCCAUUUCUUGUCCUCGGGCGUUACUCAUUGCUAAUUUUCAUGGACGGAUAACUAUCUGGACGCAGCCUACUCAGGGUUCGGCUAAUCUAGUGCACGAUGCUACCUCCUGGCAGUGUGAGCAUGAAUGGCGUCAGGACAUUGCUGUUGUUACAAAGUGGCUGGCGGGGGCUUCUCCAUAUAGGUGGUUGUCCUCCAAGCCAAGUUCUGGUACGAAUGCAAAGUCAACUUUCGAGGAGAAAUUUCUCUCACAGAGCUCUGAAAGCUCAGCUCGGUGGCCCAACUUUUUAUGUGUGUGCUCUGUUUUCUCAUCCGGCUCUGUUCAACUUCAUUGGUCUCAGUGGCCUUCUAACCAGGGAUGCACUGCACCAAAGUGGUUUAGUACAAAGAAAGGUCUUUUAGGUGCAGGGCCCAGUGGAAUUAUGGCUGCUGAUGCUAUUAUAACGGACAGUGGUGCCAUGCAUGUAGCAGGAGUUCCUAUUGUAAACCCUUCAACAAUUGUAGUAUGGGAGGUGACCCCUGGCCCUGGAAAUGGACUCCAGGCGACUCCAAAAAUCUCUACAGGCAGUCGUGUGCCACCAUCCCUUAGUUCUUCUUCUUGGACAGGCUUUGCUCCUUUAGCUGCUUACUUGUUCAGCUGGCAAGAGUACUUGAUAUCCGAGAUAAAGCAAGGGAAGAAGCCCACAGAUCAAGAUUCCAGUGAUGCUAUAUCGCUAAGUUGCUCGCCGGUUUCCAAUUUUUCUGCUUAUGUAAGUCCAGAGGCUGCAGCUCAGUCUGCAGCAACCACAACAUGGGGAUCUGGUGUUACUGCUGUUGCUUUUGAUCCAACUCGUGGUGGUUCAGUGAUAGCAGUUGUUAUAGUUGAAGGGCAGUACAUGUCUCCGUAUGAUCCAGAUGAAGGUCCUUCAAUCACAGGCUGGAGAGUACAGCGCUGGGAAUCAAGUGUUCAACCUGUUGUACUGCAUCAGAUAUUUGGAAACCCAACUUCAAAUUUUGGUGGACAGGUCCCCACGCAAACUGUCUGGGUAUCCAGAGUGGAUAUGAGCAUACCGCCUACUAAAGAUUUUAAGAAUCAUCAAGUAGCUGCAGCAGGACCAAGUGUGGAUGCACCAAAGGAGCCUGAUUCUGGUGAUGAGAAGGCUAACAAGGUUGUUUUUGAUCCUUUUGAUUUGCCAAGUGAUAUUCGUACACUUGCACGGAUUGUCUAUUCUGCUCAUGGUGGUGAAAUUGCAAUUGCUUUUCUUCGUGGUGGAGUUCAUAUCUUUUCUGGUCCAACAUUUUCACCUGUUGAAAACUAUCAAAUAAAUGUUGGAUCUGCAAUUGCUGCACCCGCAUUUUCUCCAACAAGCUGUUGUUCGGCUUCUGUAUGGCAUGAUGCUGCUAAGGACUGCGCAAUGUUGAAAAUCAUCCGUGUUCUUCCUCCUGCUCUUCCACGUAACCAGUCAAAGGUUGAUCAAUCAACAUGGGAGCGGGCGAUUGUUGAGAGAUUCUGGUGGAGUCUUUUGGUUGGAGUUGAUUGGUGGGAUGCAGUUGGCUGCACACAGAGUGCUGCAGAGGAUGGGAUAGUUUCAUUGAACAGCGUGAUUGCUGUCAUGGAUGCUGAUUUUCACUCCCUUCCUUCAACACAGCACAGACAACAAUAUGGCCCUAACCUAGACAGGAUCAAAUGUCGGUUGCUUGAAGGGACCAAUGCUCAAGAGGUUCGUGCCAUGGUUUUAGAUAUGCAAGCAAGGUUGCUGUUGGACAUGCUCGGAAAAGGAAUUGAAUCAGCUCUUGUGAAUCCUUCGGCGUUGGUUUUUGAGCCAUGGCGAGUAGAUGGGGAGACAAUAACAGGCAUCAAUCCGGAGGCAAUGGCUGUUGAUCCUGCUCUUGUUUCCAGUAUUCAGGCUUAUGUGGAUGCUGUUCUUGAUCUUGCUUCACAUUUCAUCACACGUUUAAGGCGUUAUGCGAGUUUUUGUCGGACGCUUGCGAGCCAUGCUGCUUCUGCUGGAACGGGCAGUAAUCGCAACAUAGGUACCAGUCCCACACAAAAUGCAUCAUCUCCUGCAACACCUCAGGCAGGCCAACCUACUACUACUACUACAAACUUCAGUGGAAGCACACAAGCUUGGAUGCAGGGUGCCAUAGCGAAAAUUAGUAGCUCAAAUGAUGGAGUAUCCAACUCUACCGCAAACCCAAUCAGUGGUUCACCUACCUUCAUGCCAAUAAGCAUCAAUACAGGAACAUUUCCAGGAACACCUGCUGUUCGGCUCAUUGGGGACUGUCAUUUCCUUCAUAGGUUAUGUCAGCUGUUGCUUUUCUGUUUUCUCCAGCGGUCUUCACGAUUUCCCCAGCGAAAUGCUGAUGUUAGUUCACAAAAACUUCAAACGGGGGCUACCAGCAAAUUGGAAGAGGUCAACUCUGCUAAACCAACCCCUGCCUUGAACAGGAUAGAGGAAGCCCAGGGAUUCCGGGGUGCCCAGUUGGGUGCUGGAGUGAAAGGGAUUGACGAAAAUUCUGCUCGUACAACAAAGAUGGGUUCUGGGAAUGCCGGUCAAGGAUAUACUUAUGAGGAGGUGAGAGUUCUUUUCCAUAUACUAAUGGAUCUCUGCAAGCGAACAUCUGGUCUUGCGCAUCCCUUACCUGGCUCCCAGGUAGGUAGUGGAAACAUUCAAGUUCGACUGCAUUAUAUUGAUGGAAAUUACACUGUAUUGCCUGAGGUGGUAGAAGCGGCUCUUGGACCACAUAUGCAGAACAUGCCUCGCCCAAGAGGAGCUGAUGCUGCUGGUCUUCUACUUCGGGAGUUAGAGCUUCAUCCGCCUUCCGAAGAAUGGCAUAGAAGAAAUUUGUUUGGUGGUCCCGGGUCAGAGCCUGAGGAUAUGGUCCUGACAGACGAUGCUUCCAAGCUGAGUAACUCCGUAGAUCUGCCUGAUACAAGCUUUUCCGGAAUAUGUGAUGGAUACAACAGAGUCCAUAGAAUUUGGCCAAGAAAACGCAGGAUGUCUGAAAGAGAUGCAGCUUUUGGUUCAAAUACUUCUGUGGGUUUGGGUGCAUAUCUUGGAAUCAUGGGUUCUCGUAGGGAUGUUGUCACCGCGACAUGGAAAACUGGUCUUGACGGAGUUUGGUACAAGUGCAUAAGAUGCCUAAGGCAGACAUCUGCAUUUGCUUCACCGGGUGCCUCUAAGCAGCCAAAUCCGAAUGAACGAGAAACCUGGUGGACCAGCCGUUGGGUCUAUUGCUGCCCCAUGUGUGGUGGAACGUGGGUCCGUGUUGUAUAGGCGAACAAAUGAACUUCCCAUCUACUAUAUUGGUUUUGAUCGAACAACCAGAAAAUCAGUAAAUUUUGAGGAGCAAAGAGUGCAAACCAAACCAAUUGGCUUAGACAUCACAAAAUUCACCUAAUCCUUAUUCUCGGACCUGUAUGAUCUAACCACUGUCCAAUAUGUAAGUCUUGAAUGGAACCGGAAGCGAGAGGGUCUCUGCAAAGAUUCAAGACAGUGUGUGGUGAAACAGGUCUUGGUGUAUAGCGAUUUAUUAGACUUGGUUGGAGCCAUUAUGGUCUAUAGAGUUUGCUUUUUGUGGACUGUAAAACUCUUGAGGCUGCAACAUCAUUUUUUUAUGUAUUAAAGGGCUUUAACCUUUUAACUGAAGUGGAGUAGUAAAGAAUGUAGAGGAGGACAUGACGGUGAUGUAAUAGAGAUCAUGGUGAUGAUGUAGUAGAAUUCAUGAUGGCGGUAAUUUUAUGCAAGAUUGUGUUUGUCAUGAAAA